GGGUGAAACAUUAUCCUUUUCUUUUGUGGUGAAUUAAUUGUGAUCAUAUAUAGGAAGAAGGUGGUGAUUGAUGAUGUCGUGUUCUCCAUCAUCAUCAUCAUCUGAAGAAGAAGAUGAGAGCUUUGAAUCUUAUCGAAGAGGAGGGUAUCAUGCUGUUAAAAUUGGUGAUCAAUUUGCAGGUGGUAGGUACAUAGCACAAAAGAAGCUUGGUUGGGGUCAAUUUUCCACCGUUUGGCUUGCUUAUGAUACUAAAGAUGAGAAAUAUGUUGCUCUAAAGAUCCAGAAAAGUGCAGCACAAUUUGUUCAAGCUGCACUGCAUGAGAUUGAUAUCCUUUCAGCCAUUGGAGAAGGAACUCCUUCACACACAAAAUUUGUUGCUCAACUAAUUGAUCACUUUAAGCACACAGGUCCAAAUGGCAAUCACCUUUGCAUGGUUCUUGAGUUUCUUGGUGACAGUUUGCUUCGUCUAAUCAAAUACACACGUUACAAAGGAAUUCCAUUGAAAAAAGUUAGGGAGAUUUGCACUUGUAUAUUGAUUGGUUUGGAUUACUUGCAUAGAGAACAUGGCAUCAUCCACACUGACCUAAAACCCGAAAAUAUUCUUCUUAUUUCUCCCAUCAAUCCAUCUAGAGACCCUUUAAGCACAGGAGCAUCUCCCAUUCUAGAAAGACCUGAGGGAAGCAUCUCUCCAUCUCCUAGUCACAUGGAGAAGAGGCUUAAGAGGAGGGCGAGGAGGAUGAGUAUGAGUUUAUCAAUGGGGCGAGGCGAUUCAAUAGACGAAUAUCCGAAAAGGAACAUAGAAGAAAUUGAUGUUAGGUGCAAGAUAGUUGAUUUUGGGAAUGCUUGUUGGGCUGAUAAUCAAUUUACAGAUUUGGUUCAAACAAGGCAGUAUAGAGCUCCUGAGGUUAUAUUGCAAGCUGGCUAUUCCUACUCUAUUGAUAUGUGGUCUUUUGCUUGUAUUGCUUUUGAGCUUGCCACUGGUGAUAUGUUGUUCAACCCUAGGGCUGGACAGGGUUUUAGUGAGGAUGAGGAUCACCUUGCUUUGAUGAUGGAACUCCUAGGAAAGUUCCCUAAGAAGAUGGCUACUUCUGGGGCGAAAUGUAAGGAUUUCUUUGACAGAUUUGGAGAUUUGAAAAGAAUUAGGAGACUAAAAAUGUGUCCACUGAAGAAACUGUUGGUUGAAAGAUACAAAUUUUCAGAGAAAGAUGCCAAUGAAUUUUCAGAAUUUCUUUUGCCACUUCUUGAUCUUUCACCAGAGAAAAGGCCAAGUGCACAACAAUGCUUGCAACACCCUUGGAUCAAGGACAUAGACUAUGCUCCAUUUGACAUCAUCAAUAAUGGAAAUAGUCUUGAAAAUCUCAAUGUUGGCAUGAGAAACCUUCAAAUUGCUGUAGGGAAGUGAAUCA